AAGUCAUGUGCAUAACAAGACCGUGUGCUUUCCUCGUGGUCUUCUAUUAUGCCUACACCACACUGGCUGUGUAUGUUAAUCAAUCCAGUCUCCUGAUGAGGGUCCGGACAGGAGACACUGUGACUCUGACAUGCACAUGUCCAAAGGAAGAACUGUCCUUUGUUGCAUGGUUCAAGCAACCCGUUGGCCAGAAGCCCCAGCUCAUGGCGAAAGCCUAUUACUUAGCGGAUGGUGAAUUGUCUGAAGCAUUUAAAAAAAUUAAACGUCUUAGUGUACAGAAGAUAGAUGGAAGUUUUAACCUGACCAUUUCCAGAUUGGAGCCAUCAGAUUCUGCAGUGUAUUACUGUGCUGCUGUGUUCUAUUAUGAAAUUACAUUUGGAAAUGGAACCUUUAUCAUGCUGACAGAUAAGACAUCUGACAGCAGGACUGUGGUACAGCAGCCUGUGCCUGACACAGUGCAGCCUGGAGACUCUGUGAACCUGCAGUGUACAAUAGAGACUGGGAGCUGCGCAGGAGAACACAGUGUUUACUGGUUCAGACAUGGAUCAGGAGAAUCCCUUCCAGGAGUCAUUUACACCCAUGGGAACGGGAGUGAUGAGUGUGAGAAGAGCCCUGAGGCUGGAUCUCCUACACGGAGCUGCGUCUACAGCCUCCCCAAGGGGAACCUCAGCCUCUCUGAUGCUGGGACUUACUACUGCGCUGUGGCCAUGUGUGGGGAGAUCCUCUUUGGGAAUGGAACCUUAUUAAAUAUAGAAGGAUCUGACUGGUUCGCAGAGAAGACUCUUUUGGUCUGGCUCUCCAUUAUAAGAAGUGGAGUUCUCCUUUGUGUCCUACUAAUAUUCUCUGCCUUUUAUGGUGCAUUUAAGUGUGUGGGAAAUGGCUUCAGUUGUCAGUCACAGUCAGUACUGACCCCCCAGUCUUUUUUGGCAGGAGAUGAUCAAUAUUACUGUAUACCAGGUUUGAUCAGGAUGGUCAGGCUCUGCUCAGCGCUGCUGCUGUUUAUAACAGCGGUUAAUCUUGUCCUGCUCACCCAGACUGAAAACAUGAAGACCUUCCACCUUGGAGACACCAUCACCCUGCACUGUACCUUUUCUUCUGGACAUAGCAGCUACUUCUACUGGUUCAAACAGGCAGUAGGAGAGUCACCUCAAAGUAUAAUGUCUAUCUACAGUCAUAGCAAAGAACCAUUGCUGUAUGGGGAGUUCCAAGGGGAUAAGCGCUUCGCAAUUCAAAAAAACUCAACCAGCAUGGUGCUGACCAUUUCAAAUGCAAAGCCCGCAGAUGGCGGAUUUUAUUACUGCUGCACAAGAAGUUAUGAGCAGAUCAUUUUCGAGAACAAAAUUUUCUUGAAGUAUGAAGGUCUAGCAACUAUGAACAGAUAUUUCAGUCUGCAGCCUGUAACUGACACAGUACAGCCUGGAGACUCUGUGAGCCUGCAGUGUAUAAUAGAGACUGGGAGCUGUGCAGGAGAACACAGUGUUUACUGGUUCAGACAUGGAUCAGGAGAAUCCCUUCCAGGAGUCAUUUACACCCAUGGGAACAGGAGUGAUGAGUGUGAGAAGAGCCCUGAGGCUGGAUCUCCUACACGGAGCUGCGUCUACAGCCUCCCCAAGGGGAACCUCAGCCUCUCUGAUGCUGGGACUUACUACUGCGCUGUGGCCAUGUGUGGGGAGAUGCUGUUUGGGAACGGGACCAAGCUGGAAAUAACAGGUACUGAUCAAGAACACCAAAGCAGUCCUUUAGUUCUUGGUUUAGCAAUAUCCAACAUUGUAUGUGUAAUAAUAAUAAUCAUCCUUAUCUAUGUGCAGAAGACCAGCAUACAGCGAAAUACACAUCAGUGGUUCUCCAAUAUGCCACACAGUGAGACACGGGACCCACAACAGCUAACUUACAAUGAAUGCGUUUUCCCAAAGAGGAAAUCAGAGACGAGACCCAGGAUGCAACAGACAGACACCAAUGUUUUAUAUUCUGACGUUAGACUUAGAGAAUGAGACAGAUGGCAUAAUGCAGUGUUUGCCUGAAUCAUACCCUAACUGCGACCUAAUUUUAUAUAAUUUAUGUUUUUUUUUAUCAGAAAAUUCUUGAUGAAGCCAUAACCAGUGUUAUUCGUGAUUUCAAUAUCCAAAUUAUUUAAGUGUGCACUACAGGACUGUGAAAAAGGCAGUCAAAGAACAUGAUUUUUAAAUUAUCUUAAUGUUGGUGUAAAACUACGCUAUUAUAUCUGUCAAGAUGUGUCAGCUUAACCAUUUCAAAACCUCUCCUGAAUUCACCCCAGUAUUUACAGCAACCAUCCAACACAGCAUUUUUUGAUUCUGUUACUGUUAUGGUGAAAGUUAAUGAAUACGUAAAAUGACUGAGGUGUCCCUAAGGAGAGGUUAGGUAACUGGUUCUUUAAGCCGUCCAUCAAAAUAUGAGUGAGUUUUGGAGAACAUACAAAAUUCUUGUUAGUUUUGCAUGUUAGUUAUGUUAUUUUGUUACUGGUAAUUUCACGUUCUAAUGUUAAAUUGUGUUUUUUUUGUUAGUGUAAAUGCACUUCCUGCCCAGAUAAAUAGCUUUAAAUGCUUUCUGUGAUUCCGUAAGACUUUUGCACAGUUCUGUAUAUCGUUUCAGUUGGUUCAACGUUUUGAUUAUGAUAAUGACAUAAUGGUAAUGAAGGCUGUAAUAAUUAUAUGAUAUAAUACUUUGAA